CUCUAUUUAUAGAUGUGAAUUUGCUCUAGUUUUACAAGUUGUGCAGCCAUUUUGGUUUGAAGAGAGGAAGAGAGAAAGAAAUUGGGUUAAUGGCGUUUCCUAAUUCUAAUGGAACAGAAGCAGGGCCUUGGAAGUUAGCAAUGGAGGAUGGAAAACCCAUAAAACCUCCAGUCACUGUGAAAUACACAAAGCUCUUCAUUAAUGGAGAGUUUGUAGAUUCAGUUUCAGGGAAAACAUUUGAAACAUUUGAUCCAAGAACCGAGGAAGUGAUAACAGGUGUAUCAGAAGCCACCAAAGAAGAUGUUGAUUUGGCUGUGAAAGCAGCCAGGGCGGCCUUUGAUCAUGGCCCAUGGCCUCGCAUGUCUGGAUCUGAAAGAAGCCGCAUACUAAACAAAUAUGCAGAUCUGCUUCAACAACAUUCUGAGGAACUUGCGAAAUUGGAAACAUGGGAUGCAGGAAAAUGUCUGGAUAUGGUUCAAGGAUUUGACUUGCCAGAGGCCAUUGGCAAUCUCAGAUACUAUGCAGGGUAUGCUGAUAAAAUCCAUGGGCUGACAUUAAAGAUGAAUGGGCCAUACCAAGGAUAUACAUUACAGGAACCCAUUGGAGUAUGUGGUCAGAUUAUACCCUGGAACUUUCCCCUAAUCAUGUUUUUUCUUAAGAUCAGUCCUGCUCUUGCCUGUGGAUGCACAGUAGUCAUCAAACCUGCAGAGGAUACUCCCUUAACUGCACUCUACUGUGCUCAUUUAUCUGUAGAGGCUGGGAUACCUCCUGGUGUUCUUAAUGUGCUUCCUGGUUUUGGAGCAACGGUUGGUGCUGCCAUAUCCAAUCAUAUGGAUAUCGAUAAGAUUGCCUUUACAGGGUCCACUCAAGUGGGUAGAUUGGUAAUGGAGGCUUCAGCAAAAAGUAAUUUGAAGGAUGUGACACUUGAACUUGGUGGAAAAUCACCAUUGAUUGUCAUGGAUGAUUUUAAUAUCGACGAAGCUGUAGAAAUUGCUACCGUUGCUUCAUUUAUAAACAUGGGGCAAGUUUGCCUAGCAGGUUCAAGGGUGUUUGUUCAAGAAGGCGUGUAUGAUGAAUUUGUGAAAAAAAUAGUAGAAAGAGUGAAGAAGCAAGUGGUAGGUGACCCAUUUAAAAGAGGAGUACAACAUGGACCUCAGGUUAAUAAGGUUCAGUUUGAUAGAAUUUUGAAAUAUAUUCAAUAUGGUAAGAUAGAUGGAGCUAAUUUAUUAAUUGGCGGCCAUUCUUUGGGUAAAAAGGGAUUUUAUAUUGAACCUACAAUUUUCAAUAAUGUUGAGGAUGAUAUGAGGAUCGCCAAAGAAGAAAUAUUUGGUCCAGUAAUGUCUAUCUUGAAGUUCAAGACUGUAGAAGAAGUUAUAGAGAGAGGAAACAAGACAAUAUAUGGUCUUGUAGCUGGAGUUUUGACUAAUAAUAUAAAUGUAGCAAAUAGAGUUUCAAGAUCUCUUCGUGCAGGAACUAUUUGGAUCAAUUGCUACCUUACAGGUGGAAGUGAGUGGUCACUUGGAGGGUACAAGAUGAGUGGAAUCGGGAGAGAAUUUGGCCCUUUUGGCCUUCAAAAUUACUUACAAGUCAAAAGUGUCAUUACUCCCAUUCAUGAUUCUCCAUGGUUGUAAAAACCACCUUGUUUUUCACUUGUGAGUUAGAUAAUAAUUGAAUUUUUAGAACAACAUGCUAUGAUGUAAUAGAAAUGAAUAAUCUUAAUAUGUAUUUUCAUAUUCUUAA